AUGCCUCUCCUCGGCAGCACCAGAUUGUCGUCCGCAAAUUCCUUCCUCUUCAGGUCGUCCUCCAAGCGAGACUCCAGCAUGGGCUCAGCACAGAGUUCGAACAAGCACGGUAGAAGGAGUUUCUACCUCAACUCACCAAGCACGGGCAACUUCGACACCAGCCGCAGCCGCAGCCGCAAUUACGCCGGGUUGAAGUCUAACGACCCUUGGGGGCCCCCUCCGUAUACCCCAGAACCAGACCCAGUCCAGCCGUUCAGCCCCGAAGAUAUCCAGGCUUCUUCUUCCUCUUCUUCUUAUUCUUCUCCAUUUGUGCAAACCAACGCUGAAGACUCUGAAUAUGCUUUCCUGGCGAACUUCGACACCAUUUUCUUGGUAGACGAUAGCGGCAGCAUGGCCGACAGAUACUGGAGAGAAGCAGAAGAGGCCAUUGCCAUGAUCACUCCAAUCUGUACACAGCACGACCCGGAUGGCAUCGACCUCUACUUCCUGAACAACUCGAACAAUGCCCAGCGAGGCGGUGGGUACACCAAUAUCAUCUCCCCCAGCGCCGUUCAGGAUAUCUUUCGACGCGUUCGACCGUACGGCAUGACCCCCGUGGGCCAGCGUCUGAGUCAGAUUCUGUUCCCGUAUCUGCGCCGAGUAGAGAAAAUGGCAGCCAACACGGAUGAUUACGGGCAGUUGAAGAACGCAGCGUAUGCAGUGCGUCCCAUCAAUAUCAUUGUCAUCACGGACGGGGUGUUUAGCGAUGAUGCAGAGAGCGUGAUUCUCAAUGCGGCGCGCACUCUAGACCGAUGCCAGACGAUCCCCUGGCAAGUGGGCAUCCAGUUCUUCCAGAUUGGCUCGGAUAAGGCAGCCCAACGGCAUCUGGAGCAGUUGGACGAUGAGCUGUGCAAGGCAGUGAAGAAUGACCAUGUGCGCGAUAUUGUCGAUACGGUACCGUGGAAGGGCCAGUCGGGCCGGACGCUUUCCGGGGAUGGGGUUCUAAAGGUUGUGCUGGGGGCGGUCAAUAAGAAGCUGGACCGGCAGAAAGUUUAG